AUGUGUUUUUUUGUUUUGUGGAAGCUAAUCUGCUACUUCGACGAAGACAAUCUCGAUGAGCGAACGAUGAAGUCCAAGUUUGUGUUUUGGACAGGAAUAUUCCCCGUUCUCAGUGCGAUACUCAGCGUUAUGGCCGCAGUUUCUGGGUAAUACUGAUAAUUUUUGAAGUUUUAACUAAUUUUUGGUAGAUUUUUAGGAUAUUUUUUAGCAAUUGCUGCUUAUUUUAAGCUUCAAAAGAUCGUGUUAAUAUCAUGAGUUCAUACUGUACUGUAUUCCAUGUUUUACAAUCAAAGCCACGCCGUUUAGAUAUAUAAUGGCCGUGUAUAACGGACACGAAGAUCCAUUGGUAUCCUUUAUAACUGAUGGUGGUAGUCUAAGCCCGGAGAGUUGUAUCUUUGGCAUCUUGUUGAAUAUGUCAGCCUUUUUCUUCUUUCUGACAACAAUAUUCAUCCAUGUUCAGCUCAAAACUUUCUUACACGACAAUGAACUUAUGAACGAAAAAGUGCGACAAAUCACUAGAAUCAUGGUUCUGCUCGGACUUCUGAGCGCGAUCGGAUACAUGAUGGUCGCUAAUUUUCAGGUAACUCUAUCUAUUUGUUUUUUUUUUGAAUAAUAUGAUAGGUACUGGCUGAUGACUUUAAAUUAAGAUGAAUAAUAUUUGUCAGGUAUUCAUUUAAUGUUAUAUAACCUAAACAUGAGUUGCUUACGUGGUGUAGACAAUGUACAUAGCAGGUGUAAUAGGGUGAAGUGAAGGAUAAAGUUGGGUACAAUGGAUGAAGCAGGCUAUAAAACAGAAACAAUGGCACUGGAAGCGCGCAAAAAUUAGUGUUUAUUAGAAUGGCUAGCCAGAAAUCAUGUGUAAAUACAUAUGUUUUAUAAUGGUUAUUGAACUGUGCUGUACCAUGGUGUUAUAUUCAUAUACUUUAGAUAAUUGGGCUUAUAUUGAGUAUAAAAGACAAAGAAUCAAGGGGUAUUAAGGUAUUUGAACAGCUUUUCGAAUUUUUCAGAAGUCCAGUCAGGGGGAUUUUUUUGGAUAAAAAAUGAAAAUGAAGAAAUCUGAAUGAUUAAGUAGCGAGGUAACACAUGAUUAAGUAACAAAUGUUGAGGCAAAAGAUAAUUUUUAGCCACAAAUAUAUACAUAAACCAAUUUACAACAACAACUUUCGCCACCAAUUAUAGGCGACAAACGACCUGUACGCGCAUUGGAUGGGUGGUAUUGUGUCGUAUACGGCCGCCCUCUGCUAUUCGAUGAUGUGGACGAUAGCGUGCUACAUCCGACGACCUUGCCUCACGCCCAAAUCGCUGACUCUGUGGCGCGGCUGCCUGGUGUUGUUGAGUUUGGCGGCGAUUUCGGUUUGUAAGUGGAGAAUGGGCAGGGGUAAUAUGCAAUUACAGACAACAUAACCUUCUACUGGGCGCCUUUUGUCUACUUCCGCGACUCGAAUGGUUCCAAACCUCGACCGCCGCUCUACCCCAUGCAAGGAUUAAUGCGCGUUUCCAAUACACAUCCGGUAAGGUUAUUUCGGCAUGGGAGAGGAUUACCCUUGUUUGUACAACCGGUCAUUAAACUCGAGAGUAAUUACGUUGAGGUCGCAACAUUUUAAUUGCGGAUGCUUGUUAGGCUUAACAUAUCGAAUUAUGAAAGUUGUGAGGAGGAUCAUUAAUUGAGUGUUUGAUUUGUUUUGGCACAUAAGUUGAUAUGGCUUUGGAAAGCUUGAAAUUUUGAUGACAUUUCAAAUAAAACAGCCUUUAAAUUCAAAUAAAUAUAUUCUAUAUUCACGAUUAUUACCUAAAAUGAUUUUAAAAAAUAAUUUGCAAGCUUUUUAAAAGCAACUUUUUUAAAGUCACCUCUUUCAGUACUAUAUGAACGAAGUGGUAGCAGCCAUUUCGGAGUGGAUUGGUGUCUUCGCUCUGCAGGCACUGAUAGUGACAUUUUCGUACGAAAUGGGAAGGAUUGAUAUUCGAUAUCAAACGGCGUAA